UUGCGGUUAGCCGGUUGUUAGCCGUCAUUUGAUAAGAUGGCUGUUUCGAGAAGUCUUGUAGGGAUAUUGAGUACGAAGAAUGUAAAUACAUUUAUAGGUCCUCAAGUAAACAAAAUUUCGACAAGAUUUCUUCAUUCUUGUUUACAGUGUAAUAAAAAUACAGUUAUUCGUGUAAAUUUCUCAAAUUCCUUACAAAAAAAUUAUCCUCGGUUAGAAAAACGAGAUUUCCAUAUUACAUCUACAGCUUUUAAUACCAGGAAAAAUUACUAUGAAAUUCUCGGUGUUGGUCGCAACUCAUCUCAAUCUGAAAUAAAGAAAGCUUAUUAUAAGUUAGCAAAAAAAUAUCAUCCUGAUGUCAGUAAAAAUGAUCCCGAAUCCUCAAAAAAAUUUCAAGAAGUGUCUGAAGCAUACGAGAUUUUAAGUGAUGAUACAAAACGCAAACAGUAUGACACCUGGGGAUCAACUGCUGAUCAGAUGGGAGGGAUGGGUGGUGGUGGAGGAGCUCGUGCUUCAGGUCCCCAAGGUUUUAGUCAGACAUGGCAAUAUCAGUCCACUAUAGACCCAGAAGAGCUGUUUAGAAAAAUUUUCGGUGAAGCUGGCUUUGGCAAAGGAUCCCCAUUUGAUGACUUUGCAGAAUCCAACUAUGGUUUUGGAGAAGCCCAAGAGAUUGUUCUACGGAUAACCUUUAGUCAAGCUGCUAGAGGGACAAACAAAGAAGUGAACAUUAACGUGGUGGACAAUUGUCCAAAAUGCAAGGGAUCCAGGUGUGAACCUGGCACCACUGCUACUAAGUGUCAGUUUUGUAAUGGUACUGGUAUGGAAAGCAUCACUACGGGACCUUUUGUGAUGCGGUCCACUUGUAGAUAUUGUCAGGGGAGUAGGAUGUAUAUUAAACAUAAAUGUACAGAGUGUGAAGGAAAGGGCUCCACUGUACAGCGUAGGAAAAUUACAGUACCUGUUCCUGCAGGUAUUGAAGAUGGACAAACAGUGAGAAUGUCGGUAGGAAAUAAGGAAUUAUUUGUGACGUUUAGAGUAGAGAAGUCAGAUUAUUUCAAAAGAGAUGGAGCUGACGUCUACACGGAAGCUGACAUAUCCGUCUCACAAGCCAUAUUAGGAGGUACAAUUAGGAUACAAGGAUUAUAUGAAGACCACACCAUACAAGUUAUGCCAGGCACAUCUUCGCAUACUAAGAUCCGCUUAAGUGGGAAGGGCAUGAAGAAAGUAUCUGGGUAUGGCCACGGGGAUCAUUAUGUUACGUUCAAGGUUAUCGUACCAAAGAAAUUAGAUGAGAAGCAGAAGGCUUUAGUAAUGGCUUAUGCCGAGUUAGAAAAAGAUACACCAGGACAGAUAAUGGGUGUUACAUUCAAGAAGGAUGGUAAUAAAGCGUUUACCACAGCAGAAAAAUUAGAACUUUUAGAUGCAAUUAGGUUAGCUUUAGAAGGUAAGAAUAUAAAAAUUUCAGAAAACGUUACUCAUUUAACAAACAGUAGGAAUGAAAAAGUGACAAAGGUUGAUGAAAAGGGAACAACUGACGCACGGCAAAGUCCCUUUAAGGAUGAAUUAAGUGAUGAAUUGAGUGAUACCGAUCGAAAAAAAAUAAAAAAUUAGCUAUUCAAAUUCCAUUCUUAGUGUGCUAGUUACAGUCACAUAGGUUUCGUCAGUGAUUAUUUUUGUAUAUAUUUUAUAAAAAAUUUAAUCAAAUGUAAGACCCAGAUUUUCUGUUCUUGUCUGUUUUAAAUAAAAAUAUUG